AUGGCGUCGCACAACACCAACUACAGCGAUAUCAAGGCCUCGGCCAAGGAGAACGCUGCCGGAGUCUACGCUUACAGCCAGCGCCAGAUCGACCGUGUCGUCAGUCAAGAUACCCGGCAGAAAGCCUACGACAGUGCCUACAAUCUUGCCCAGGACCAGCCCUUCCUCUUCGCUUUCCUUCUCGUCCAGCUCAUCUUCUCCUUCCUUCCUACCCUCGUCUUCGUCUCCUUCGCUUUCUCGACUGUCGCCUUUGCCUUCGGCGUUGCUGUCGUCUUCUCGCUCUUCUGGAUUAGCAUUGCUCUUCUUGUCCUCGUCCCGACCCUCUUCUUUACCUGCUCCAUCGCCGUCCUCGUCUGGGUCUGGGCCGCCGGCAGCUUUGUAGUGGCCAAGCGCUUAUACGAGAUUUCACCCAUCCGUGCCACGGGCGACCUGGAGAUGCACGUGCCCAACGGGAAGACGUACGCCGUCACCAAGCACGAGGACGGUGUUGAUGUCCACCCGCACAACUAA